AGAGGAGGGAAUAGUCCGGCGGAGGACGGCAGAGGACUGCGGUGACCGGACAGCGAGUCUGCCGCCGAAUAAAGCCGCUUCCCGACGACCAUGCCAUCACUCCCCGCUCACCCUCGCCGUUUAGAGACAGACUGAGGGAUCCAGGAUGGGGUUUGGUCGGGAUCUGAGGAAUUCCCACGAGGGAUUACUGAAGCUGCAGGACUGGGAGCUGAAGCUGCUGGAGACGGUCAAGCGUUUCAUGACUCAGCGGGUGAAGAGCGAUAAGGAGUACGCUGCUCUACUGCUCAGCAUGACUCAGCAAAAUGAAAAACAGGAAGCUGCCGACUACGUCAGCACCGUCAGCAAGUCGUGGUCUCAGGUGGUGCGUCAGACGGAGGCGUUGGGUCGGGUGAUGAGGAGUCACGCUGACGAGCUGAACUCUGGUCCUCUGCACCGUCUGUCCACUCUGAUCAGAGACAAACAGCAGGUCAAGAAGAGCUACCAGAGUCUGCACCAACAACUGGAGAACCACUACACCAAGGUAACCAGGAGCGACCUGGACAAACUGAAGGCGGCGUAUCGUCAGCUGAGCCGCGAUGCUAACAACGCCAGAGAGAAAUACCGUGAGGCGGUGUCCAAAGGCCGGGAGGCAGAGCGUGCCCGGGAGCGUUACGACAAAGCGACGGCGAAGCUCCACAACCUUCACAACCAGUACGUGUUGGCGGUGUGCGGCGCUCGCACGCAGCAGGACGAACACCGCCGCCACGCCGCUCCUGCACUGCUGGACGCUCUGCAGAGGAUGCAGGAGGACAUGACGCUCGCCCUUAAAAGUAUCCUGGAGGAGUACUGUGAGAUCAGCAGCCUGCUGACGGAGGAGGUGGUCCGGGUCCAUCAGGAGAUCUCGUCGGCGGUGGAGCAGAUCGACCCGCUCGCAGAGUAUCAGCACUUCAUCGAGGCCUACAGGUCUCCGGAGACUCCGGAGGCCAGCGUCGAGUUUGAUGCGUCUCUGUUGGACGAGACGGACAGCCUGCCGGCCAAUGAGAUCCUCUGGAACACGCUGACGGCCGACAGCCUGCAGGCCAUGUUGUCGUCGGCAACGGAGGAGCUGUCGCUGACUCAGCACAAUCUACGGACGAAGGAGGCAUUGGCCGAUGAACUCGAUGCCAAAAUCCAGACGAGUCAGCAGAACGCCGAGAGGAAGAGCGACUGCGUCCUGCUGCUCAGUCAGAAACUGUCUCUUCUCGAGCUUCAUCACGCUGUCCAAUCACUGCGCAGCUCUGAGGCUCGCCUCGCCUCCCAGAAAACCCUGCUGGACGCCAAGAUGGCCGCUGCCGCCUCCCCUCCCCCGCCGCCACCUCCCCCUGCGCUGCCGUACGAAGACGACGCCCGCUCCGUUGGAUCCACCGACCGAUCCAAGGAGCGCAGCUCUCGCUUCGACACGCUUCGACACCUCGCCGGCAUCAUUCGCUCCCCCAAGACCAUGAUCGGGUCCUCCACCUCGCAGUUCUUUGAUGUCAUCCCGACAUCUGAGCGCCCCCUGGCGGAGCAGGAGUGGUAUCACGGCGCCAUCCCCCGCACUGAGGCCCAGGAGUUACUACGGCAACAGGGAGACUUCCUUGUGAGGGAGAGUCAUGGCAAACCGGGCGAAUACGUCCUGUCGGUGUUUUCUGACGAGCAGCGACGACACUUCAUCAUCCAGUACGCCGACGCUCAGUACCGGUUCGAGGGGACGGGUUUCUCGACGAUCCCGCAGCUCAUCGAACAUCAUUUCUCCACGAAACAGGUCAUCACCAAGAAGUCUGGAGUCGUGCUGCUGAGCCCCGUCGUCAAGGAUAAGAAAUGGAUCCUGAACCAUGAGGACGUGGCGCUGGGGGAGCUCCUGGGAAAGGGUAACUUUGGCGAGGUGUUCAAAGGGACACUGCAGCGCGACAAAACACCAGUUGCUGUCAAAACGUGUAAAGAAGAUUUACCUCCAGAGCUCAAGAUCAGGUUCCUGUCUGAGGCAAGGUCAGCACCGAUCAAUACAUCAAUCAAUACAUCAAUACAUGAUGCUAGGAUCCUGAAGCAGUACGACCACCCGAACAUCGUGAAGCUGAUUGGCGUCUGCACGCAGAGACAGCCGAUCUACAUCGUCAUGGAGCUGGUUCCUGGUGGAGACUUCCUGUCCUUCCUGAGAAAGAAGAAGGAUGAGUUGAAGACGAAGCAGCUGGUCCGCUUCUCGGUUGACGCGGCGGCCGGCAUGGCGUACCUGGAGAGCAAGAACUGCAUCCACAGGGACCUGGCGGCGAGGAACUGUCUCGUGGGGGACGGCAGCGUGUUGAAGAUCAGUGAUUUUGGGAUGAGUCGUCAGGAGGACGACGGCAUCUAUUCGUCCUCUGGACUCAAACAGAUCCCCAUCAAGUGGACGGCCCCCGAGGCGCUCAACUACGGUCGUUACAGCUCCGACAGUGAUGUGUGGAGUUAUGGGAUCCUGCUGUGGGAGACCUUCAGUCUGGGGGUGUGUCCUUAUCCCGGGAUGACCAAUCAGCAGGCUCGAGAGCAGGUGGAGAAAGGUUACAGGAUGGCGUGUCCCCAGCGUUGCCCUGAUGACGUCUACAAAGUGAUGCAGCGCUGCUGGCAGUACAACCCCGAGGACCGGCCCAAGUUCUCCGAGCUGCAGAGGGACCUCGCCGCCAUCAAGAGGAAGUGACAUCAUCACCUUGCUGCCAUCAAGAGGAAGUGAUGACAUCAAAGACAGCAGAGGGACGUUGGCCCACAGCGCAGCGUUGUCGGCAGAGAGGUUGAUUUUAGUUUGAAGGUGGACGUGGCCAGUGACAUCAUCGCUGACAGCAGCAAAGUUUACAUCUGAUGUAACGAGAUUAUUGUUGGUGCUGCAGACUGUUAGCAUCCAGCUGUUAGCAUCCAGCUGUUAGCAUCUAGCAUCUAGGUGCUGCAGGAGAGAGCCUGGGUUGUUAGCAUGCUACACUAUGCUAAAAUGUUAAAACAUGCUAACAUGUUAAAACACGCUAACAACACGCUCGUAUGCUCAUCAAAAGCAAUCCACUUGGUCAAAACAUAAUUUCUCCAAAAACUGUGCGACUCAAACUGAAUCCAUUGACGUGCCGUCAGAUUAUCACCAUCGUGAUAAUCUGACAAAUAAUAAUCUAAACAAAAGCUAAAAACGUGGUGAUCUGAGUGAGUUUAGCAGGUGAUGUCAGACACUAAGCCACGCCCCCAUCGCCCCGCCUGUCGCUGCUGUCACCAUGGCAACACUAAAAUCAGCUGUUAACACUAAAAUCUGAUUUAAUCUUUACUUUUAUUUAUUAUCAUUUUAUGUUUUUUUUCUGCAG